GCCAGAUUGACAACGUUAGCAACUGCGCGUACCAACCGUCAUGGCUACAACGCUGCGCCGCCUGCCAAUACGCGCCCUUCUUCACAACAAUGGCUACCUUUGCAGCGCAAAUGCUACGAUGACGUCUCGCGCGUUAGCAGCAUUUUCGAUCCAUUCGGCUCGUUGCGACAAGGAGGCGGCUUCUAAAGACACCCAGAGUAAGGAAGAAGGACCAAAGCACUGGAAGUACGAUUUCAGCUUCAAGACGCAGAUGAGCAAGACGGCGUUCAUCGCUGGCCUGGCCCUGGGGGGGUCGCUGGGAGGCUGGUCUUGGUAUCGGGAUCUUCGGGGUUGGUGGACAGGUAUUCCUAAUGAAGGAGAGGUUUAGGCAUCCGGGAACGAAAUCCAGGAAAUUGAGGCGUCAGUCAGGCCACUGUC